AUGCUUGUGGUACCCAGAACGUACCUUCUCUCGCUAUUGUCCUUGAUCUUGAACAAUAUUCCACCAAGUUUGUGGGUGCUGAUAGACUUUAUCUUUGAUAUAAGUACUUUUUGGUUGAGGAUAUGGAGAAGAAAGAAUCCAAUAAAUGUUGCAAAGCAAAACCUACUCAAAGCUGAAACUUAUGAAGAAUGGCAAGUAGGUGCUUAUUAUAUUGAUAGAUUGACUGGAUCAGAUCUAUGGAGACAUAACUUUACAAGCACAAAGUACGACUAUAGGUUGAUAUCAGAGAGAUUGAAAGCUUUACAAGAAGCUAGAGAAAGUAAUGACAUUCCACAACUGCUGAAAUUGUUUAGAACAGGUGGGUUUUUAAGAAAUUUUGGUGGGAUUUCAAAUAAAGAGUUAUUUAAUAGGGCUUAUGCUGGUACAAAGACCCUAAUAGAAGAUUAUAUAAGUGAAAUAUUGCAUUGUCUACACUACUUAGAUGAGGCAGACAUAAUGGAGCAUGAAAUGUCCUCAAAUCAAUUAAAACUUGACUUUUUCCAUGAUGCAAGACAAGCUUUCGGAUCUACUGCAUUGAUCUUACAAGGAGGCUCUUUAUUUGGACUAUGUCAUUUAGGUGUUGUUAAAGCAUUAUACUUCAAAGGUCUUUUACCAAGAAUAAUAUCAGGAAGUGCUGUUGGAGCUGUCGUUGCAUCUUUGAUAUGUUCAUUGACAAAUGAUGAGCUUGCUGAUAUUCUACUCACUAUCACUGAACAUCUUGGAAACAUUGAUAGAUUGAAUCAUGAUGUUGAUGAAAGAUAUGGUUCAGUUAUUGAAAACGUUAUAACGAAGGGAUAUUCACAAGAUAUUCUCAUUUUUAUGAAAUACGUUAAGGAUUUGAUUGGUGAUAUGACAUUUGAAGAAGCUUAUCUCAAGACUGAAAAAAUUUUAAAUAUUAUUGUUCAUCCUACUGACAAAAAUAUUCCAUCAUUAUUGAAUUAUGUCACUGCACCAAAUACCGUUAUAUGGUCUGCAGUCUAUGCUUCAAUUGGAACUGGCAUUCUUUCAGACAACGUUAUGCUCUAUGAAAAAGAUUUGAAUAAUAAUAUUGUUCCAAGAGAAUACACAGAUAAAGAGUUCACAUUUCUCACUCCACAAAAGGCCAAUGAAAGAGGUAACCCAGAAAGUCCAUAUACAAGAGUGACGGAGCUUUUCAAUGUUAAUAAUUUUAUUGUUUCAUUGGCAAGACCAUAUUUGGCUCCGCUAAUCGUUAAUGACAUUAAACAUAAAUCUGGUUGGAAACCUAAAAGGGUUCUCCAAAGAUUAUUAGGUUUAGAACUUCAGCAUAGGGUUGAGCUUAUGGAUAGAGCUGGUAUAUUGUUUAAUUUUGUGAAAAGGAUGGCUGUUGAUGAAAAAACUCCAAAGAAUUCAAGCGAUAUUACUAUUGUUCCGGAACUUCGAACAUUAGUUAAGGACUUUGGGAGAGUUUUUGAUGUUCAUAGAACUAUGGAGAAUAUUCCAUAUUGGAUUUUGGUUGGUGAGAGAAGUCUGUGGCCAGUAUUGCCAAUCCUGUGGACAAGGUGUGCUGUUGAGUUUACAUUGGAUGAUUUAUACAAUAGAAGAAGAAGACACAGAUAG